CUUCUUCAGCUUCAGCUUCAGUGUGGUGUCGGCUGUCGGCGCGGUGAGAAACCUGCCGUGCCGGACUGCGACCGCGAAUCGUCUCACUCACUUCGCUCGCGCUCCAGCGGUGCCCGCCGGUCGAAGCCAUGGUGUCCAAGGUCGAGAAGAAAUCCGAGAGUGCGUCGUCCGACGGCAAGACCCUGGACGGCGAGGACGGGGACUCGCUCGACGAGCAGCCCCUGGACAUCGGCGAGCACUACCUCGUCCGCAGAGGGGACGACACAUGGCAUCCCGCUGAAAUCAUUCAAUCUCGCUUCAAUGAACAAGAAAACCAAUAUGACUACUACGUACAUUACGAAGGUUAUAAUAGAAGACUUGAUGAAUGGAUACCUCGGGAUCGGAUCAUGCUCUCUCGCUUUAACAUGUCAGACCACCAGUGGAAGAAUGACCAGAGAACAGGUGAUUUAUUUGCGGAUCAGUCAGACCGAAAAAUCACAAGAAACCAGAAGAGACGCCAUGAUGAAAUUAACCACAUUCAAAAGACGUACGCUGAGAUGGAUCCAACAACAGCCGCCUUAGAAAAAGAACAUGAAGCAAUAACAAAAGUUAAAUACAUUGAUCGUAUUCAAAUUGGGCGGUAUGAAAUUGACACUUGGUAUUUCAGCCCUUACCCGGAUGAAUAUGGGAAGCAGCCAAAGCUAUGGAUUUGCGAAUACUGUUUAAAAUACAUGAGGCUUGAAAAAACCUACAGGUAUCACAUGCAGAGUGAAUGUACUGCAAGGCAACCUCCAGGAAAAGAAAUUUACCGCAAAGGAACUUUAUCUAUUUGGGAAACAGAUGGUAGCCAGUUUAAAGUAUAUUGUCAAAGCUUGUGUCUGUUGGCCAAAUUAUUCCUUGACCACAAAACAUUAUACUUUGAUGUAGAACCUUUUCUGUUCUACAUUUUGUGUGAUAUUGAUAAGCAUGGCUCUCACCUUGUUGGCUAUUUCUCCAAGGAAAAGGAGUCGCCCGAUGGUAAUAAUGUGGCAUGCAUUCUUACACUACCUCCAUACCAAAGGCAAGGUUACGGUAAAUUGCUCAUAGCUUUUAGUUAUGAACUGAGCAAACACGAAGGUGUUGUUGGUAGUCCAGAAAAGCCUCUCUCUGAUCUGGGAAAGCUCAGUUAUCGCAGUUUCUGGUCUUGGGUAUUGCUUGAAAUCCUGCGAGAUUUUCGAGGCACCUUGUCAAUUAAGGAUCUGAGUGAAAUGACAAGUUUUGCUCAAACUGAUAUAAUAUCUACCUUACAAUCAAUGAACAUGGUUAAGUAUUGGAAAGGACAACAUGUAAUAUGUGUUACACCUAAGCUAGUCGAGGAACACAUCAAAUCGUCCCAUUUCAAGAGACCUCGUUUGACUGUAGACCCCACCUGUUUACAAUGGAACCCACCAAGAAGAAUAAAUAAUGUCAGAUAUGGCAAGAAAUAGUUACUGGUAGCACAUUCUUAAGUGAGGGUUUUUUUGAUUUUUUAUUUUACUCUUGCUGUGACGUCAGUAUGUUGAUACGCUUAUAAAUUUGGGUGGAUAAACCUUGAUCAUCUAGCAUGACAGGUUCAUAUUUGUCAAUUGUAAUAUUGCAAGUCAAUGUUUUGUUUACACUGCAGAUUUUGAAGCUUUCAUUUACACCCUCCCCUCCCUUUCCCCUUUUAAAACAAUUUGUUGAAAAUCCCCAAAUUUCAUCCCUUUUACUUUGGUCAAGUUUGUUUCAGAGAAAUUUUUAUUGCAUUUGUGCAUUUUUAUUACUUACUAGUGUCUUCUGUCUGUUGUCUAGUUCAAUUAGUUUUUCCUUACUUUUUCCUUCUCUUCAGUCUUUCUUUGUAUUCAAUUUAGUCUUUACUUUCUGAUCCAACUGUGUCUUGUCUCAUGUCUGCAGCAUUACAAAUGGUAGAUUGAUGGUCUGUAAUUUGUUAAGAUGAUCAGUGUGUGCAUUAGUGCACAUCUUAUGAUGGAAACUUUGUUCUAGUGGAGUAUAUUUCUUUGAUAUAUUAUCUUUAAGAACAGCAGUUUGUAACUAAGAAUUUGCAAUGAGUAGAAACCUUUCUUUUUUAAUUAAUCAAUUAAACAGUUAUUCCCUAUUGUUCUAGCCUUGUCAGAUUUUUAAGCAGUCUUCUGUGCAACUAAUCUUAAGUUCUGCUGUUAGCUGAAUCUAUUCAUGCACUUUCAAUUGUAUUAUGUACCUGAACCCUAGGAAAUGGGUAAUGUUUUGUGCUCUAGCACUUAAUAUCUUAGUUGUGUAAGAAUUAUUUUAAGAUGUAUAUUUAUGUUAGCUUUUGCUAGCCUAGUUGAAUUGGAAGCCCUGGGUAACUUGAUAGUGUUUACAGUUUAGUGGAGAAAAAUCCUGUAUUUGUCAUAUGGCACUCAUCAAAUGAUUCUGUACCAGUACAUUUCAUAUUGCAGUAGCCACGUAGUCAAGUUUUACCCUAUUUUGGUAAUUAAUUUUUAGUAAGCACUGUGCUUUGAUUGCAGUUUAGGAAAGCAAGCCAAGAGUGAUUGUAAGAGCUCUUCUUUUGAUUGUUGCUCUCUUAAGCUCCUAAUUACACACACCAUACACUUGAAUUUGUAAUCUAUAUUUUUUGUCGGUUUUAAACUCAAUGUUGAUUAAUCAAUUACUUAUUAAUUGGAAAGUCAGUGAUGCUGAUGCUUGAGACUGAUUAUAUCACCACUUUUUAUAAUAGUGUAUCCCAUUUCACUGUGUUAUCUCCCACACUGCCAGCAUUGGACUUGCUUUUGGAAUAGACAUUUCACUCCACUUACCUUUUUGGUACUAAUUGUCAGAUUUAGAGGGCCAGUCUUCUGACUGCUAAAGUUAGAAUAUCUACCAUUUUUUGUGCCUUACAGGAAACUGCACUUCUUGUUUCAAAUUGUUUACGUUGACUUUUGUUGAUUUUUUUUGUUCUUGCAGGAAACUUGCUGUUAAAUUAUAAUUACAGACUUUGGACAAUAAAUGUGCUUUAAUCCUUUA